AUGCGCGGUCUUACCACGGCUACCCUUGGUGGGCUGAUUGGCCUUGCCUCAUCACAGCUGAUCGAUCUUGGUUACGUUGAUUCUGUUCCGGACCCAACAUACACCAUCCUUCAUUAUGAGCGGAAACAGACUGUUCCGUACAAUCCAGAUCAAGCCAUUGCUUCCGUUGUUGCUGUAGCAUUGCAGUCUCCCGUUCCGGACCCAGGCAAAAAUGCUGUCCACGCGCGCCACCUCGAGAUCCAGAAGCGCUUUGAGCCUUGCGAGAACUUGAACAACAACGCCAAUAGUUACAAUGCCGUGCUCGAUCCAGCAGAGAGCUUUGUCAGCGAUGACAACCUCGCCCAACAGGCCUUGAAUGCUCCCACGCCAGAUGGAUACACUCAGACAUACAAGAAUCUGAAGGCAUGUGCUCAAGCCAACGGAUACAUGGGAUAUACCAUCAUGUCCAGCUACAAUGUUCAGGAAUGUGCUGACAAGUGUACGCGCACUAUCGGCUGUCAAGGCUUCAACACCUACUUUGAGCGUAGUCCAAGCAAGGUUCCAGGCCCUGACUGCCCCAACCCGGGUGGUGCGGCCAACCCCUUCUGUGUCCUCUGGGGAGGUCCUGUGACUCCUGAGAAUGCUCGCAACGAAGGCCAAUGGCGCGAGCAGUAUCACGUUGUUAUUGCCGCAUCUAACGGAUACGUCUUGACUUCUUCCCUGAAUCCCCUCUCAGGCAAGGCCAUCAACGCUCCUCUCGAUUGCAAUAAUGACGACGCGUACAUGGGAAUGAGAUUGUUGAAUGACAACGCCCCCUUCGACCCCCAGCGUUGUGCUGCCAUUUGCGAGGCUACCUCCCAGUACAACAUCGAACACCCCAGUGAUCCCUCGCGACCCCCUAGGCUUUGCAAGUUCUACAACACUUACAUUCUCAACAAAAACUUCUAUUCACAGGGCCAGAUCUGUGCCAUGUACACGCAGUCCUGGGAUCCCUCUGUGUACGCCACCAAUGACGGUCAAUGGCGUGGUGACGACCACUACACAAUCUCUUCUAGCGUGUUCUUCCACAACGCGACGGAUGUUACCACCCCUGUUUGCCCAGCGGAUAUCAACAGGCUUCAGACUGAUAGCGAUGCGGGCGCUUUCUGCACAUCGUUCAACUCGUACGUUGCACCCUCGACAAGCACCGUUACGUCCUAUACUGGUACCACUACGGUUGAGGCGUGUGGUGCUCCUACCGCCCAUGCCAAGCGUGAUGGGGACUCUGGUGCCUUGAUCGAGGCUGUUGUCGCUGUCUACCCUGCCAAGGUGGAAGAUGCCACCAUUACUGGAUCCACACCUGCUUUGGUCACGGUGCCAGCUGAGCAGCUUACUAUACCAAGUGUUUACGCCUCAGCAACGUCGGCAGCCAUCGCUCAGCUUCAAGGAUCAGAGCCUGAAGCUUCCACCCCAGCUGUUUCUGCUCCUCCAUCGGCUACGCCUACCCCGGCAAACACAUCUAGUUCGGUUGCGGCGGUACCUACUCCACAGGAAACGGCUACCACCGGCCCCGCCAAGCGUGCAGUAGCAACACCUCCAUUCUUUGCUGGACGCGACUCUCGCGAGAUUGCUAGCGCUUGCUCUCGAAUCAUCACCACUGGCACGCCGACUGUUACUGUGCGGGCACAAGCCACCGAGACGACUUACAACUACUGUGCUCAGUACCCGACUACAUGCCAGAACGGUUCACCAGCUCAGAUCAUUGCUGGAUCUUUCAGUGCGUCGUCUCAGAACAUAGAUGACACCUACUACACUGUCGAGUUGCCUUUCCCCAUCUGUAUCUACGACACGUGCAGCACCACGGUUCACCCCAGCUCCAACGGUCUGAUUACGCUUGGAGGCUUUGCCACAUCGGCCUACUCCAACGGCGACAUUCCUGGAUCGUUUGGAAGCCAGACGGUGCUCAUGGCCUUCUGGGACGACCUGUACAUCUACGCUGGUCAGCAGCACUACAUGGACUACAGCCUGUGCGGCGAUGCAGGCCGCCGCACGGUGACGUUUGACUGGCGAAUGGGCCGCUUCAACGCCGCGUCCAACGGACCUCUGUACAGCUUCUCGGCCACGUUUUUCGAGGACCAAGCCAGCCGCGUGCAGCUGACGUACUUUGGCACGACGGACCAGGGCAGCUCGGCUUCGGUGGGUAUGCAGGGUACCACCAACGGACAACAGGCAUUCUACAAGUACUCUGUCAACCGCGGCAUCAUCAACAACGGUCUCCGUCUCAUCUUGGAUCCUCAUGGCAAUUACUUUGGAGAGGCUCAAGCUAGGUCUUAGGGGACUUGUUGAAUACUCUCCUCUCUCUCUCUCUCUAUAUAUAUAUUGUCUAAUCAUCUGUCAUAUAGCUAGCGCUGUUGUAUAGCUAUAUAUCGGGCUUUUUUUUUAUCAAGUAACGUGGUUCACAAGUGAGUCGCUAACCCAAGCGAGUCGCUAACGCCCCACUAGCCCAUCAACUUCAUCACUAUAACGCGUGAUGUCUCAAC